CAACGCAGCCGCAGAAUUAUAGUUAGUAGACCUAAUUGCAGAUAAUGCGACGACCCUCUAAGGGACCUACUAGUGAACACAUCUUCCAGCCUCCUUGAUUCUUACUGAACCCUUCCCCUUCCUCAUCACACAUACACACUUAUUCUUGUGUUGGUCUGCAUAUAAUUCUUUGCAACAUGGUCUAUGAUCCACGAUUAGCCAGUGCGGGCACUGCCACUCCGGAUCCCCCGCCUCCUCCCCCUCCCCCUCCUGAGUCUGCCAUGGCAGCACCAACGGAAACCGAGUCUUCAGACGGGACUGCAGCCGCACCCUCCCAGGAGCAGCAGUCAGACUCUUACAAACUUAGAUUUUGCACGGUGUGUGCCUCGAACCAAAACCGUUCGAUGGAAGCCCAUCUCCGUCUAUCUACUGCACCGUCUCCCUUCCCUGUUAUCUCCUUUGGGACGGGCUCCCUGGUCCGUCUGCCAGGCCCAUCCAUUACGCAACCUAAUGUGUACAAUUUCAAUACCACCUCGUAUUCUCAAAUGUACGAGGAAUUGUUCUCCAAGGAUGAGAGGCUCUAUCGUAACAACGGGCUUCUAAACAUGCUCGAACGCAACCGGAACCUGAAAUGGGGCCCGGAGCGCUUCCAAGACUGGGUCCCCGGUAUGCCCCGCGUGGACCACGUCUCGAAAGGCGACAAAGGCGCCUUAGGGACCGAGGGCGGUGUGGUCGAUGUCAUCAUCACCUGUGAGGAGCGGUGCUGGGAUGCCGUUGUGGACGAUCUCAUGAAUAAAGGAUCGCUCCUCAACCGACCCGUCCAUGUAUUCAAUGUCGAUAUUAAAGAUAACCACGAGGAAGCUCUGGUCGGAGGAAAGGCCAUUCUCGAACUAGCUAAUCGACUCAACGAGGCUGCCGUCCAAGAACGCAAAGCGAAUAAUCCUGAAGGCUGGGAAAAUGGAACCGGUGAAGCUCGAAGGAGUUUCGAUGAGAAGGUCCCGGAAAUUCUUGCGGCUUGGCAGGAGAAGUGGCCGAAUUUGCCGGCACUGUGGACUCUGGCUUGGCUCUAGCCGUUAGAAGUUUUAAAUUCUAAUUACAUGUCAAUCUAUCUGUUUACAGAAUCUCUAUACCCUUUUGUUUUUCAGGAAAUUCUAUGCACACCCGAUAGAUGAAGUUCCGUCAGGGUCAACGAACAUUGGCUCUCGUUGGCUAGGUAGUAAUCUGGGUGCUUCGUUCUCCGCGACUGGCAAUGGAAAUCUGACCUCUACCCUUCCUCUCUCUUCUACAAUCGAGCGUAUGAUCUAUUUGCAAUCCGUGCGUGUUAGCUUUUUCCGUAUACUCUUCAUUCUAUACCCUUACGGGCAAGGCUUCGAGACGUUUAAAUGACCAAGCUAAAGAUCACCCUUAACACCGGGAACAAAGAUGGAUUGUAAUGAUCGAUAUGAAAUUUCCUGAACAUAGUUCAUGUAGAUAGAAU